AUGGCGUGUGUGAGAAGCUGGCUGCCAGCAGUGGCCCUACUGCUGCACAGUGUGGGUGGUGUUAACAUGGAACAUCUCCAAGCUGAGAACCUGAAUCUUCUUCUUCCAGAUGAGCAUAACUUUAUCCUUAACCAUGGAAUGAGAGUGCUGCCCAGAGACUGCUAUGAAAUGUUGAUGACCUCUUCGGGUCGGGCCAGAGACGGGGUGUACCUGAUCCAACCUGAUGAAUCCCCUAUUGUGGUCUACUGUGACAUGCAGAACGGAGGAUGGACUGUGGUGCAACAUAUUACCGUCAACAGCAGUGUGAAUUUUGAUCGUACCUGGGCUGAGUACAAGCAUGGCUUUGGGGUUGUCACCGGGGAUCACUGGAUUGGGAAUGAAUACCUGCAUCAGCUCACCCGUGGCCCUGGGCGCUAUAAACUGGGAGUAAAAUUAGUGGACCAAGACGCCAUCACCAAGACGGGAGAGUACGACCCCUUUCUAGUGGAGGGCGAACCAUCAGCAUACAGGCUGAGGCUGGGGUUGUUUCAGGGCACUGCUGUAGAUGCUUUAACUCUGGACACGGAGAACUACCUCCACGAUAACCAAAGAUUCACCACUAAAGACAGAGACAAUGACAACUACUUCCAGAACUGUGCCAAACUGGAGUUUCAGGGGGUACCAGGAGGAGGCUGGUGGUAUGACGCCUGUGCUGGUGCCAAUUUAAAUCGCAGAAAUGUCAUCUACUGGCAAAAGGACUGCAACAAGGAGCGACUGUGCAAGUAUGCAUGGAUGAUGGUGAGACCUUCAGACACAGUUAAACUGCUUCACAGUGAAGACUUCAAGAAGGAUGAGCUAUAA